UUCAACUUGUAAACGUCAUUAAGACCAUAACCUCUUAGCUAUUGUUUUGGUUUGAUAACGUUGAACCCGUUGCAAUAUUUACGAAAGAAAUUCGAUUAGUUGGGACGCCUCUUCAGAUUUAAAUGGGUAGAACCUCGAAGGUCGUUGUUUGUGGUAUGAAAGGUGUAGGUAAAACAGCUAUUCUGCAUCAAGUUAUUUAUGGAAAUGUAACAACAAAAACAGAAUUCUAUCCCACUAUUGAGGAUAUUUAUGUGGCUAAUAUUGAGUGUGAUAAAGGUACACGAGAGAAAGUUAGAUUUUACGAUACGGCAGGUAUAGAACAAUCUCAUACAAGCACAGCUAAUGGUACUACAAAUCAACAAUUGCCAAGACAUUACCUAGCCUGGGCAGAUGGAUAUAUUCUUGUUUAUGAUACUGAAAAAUCGGAAUCUCUUGAUAUACUAGUUGCAUUGAAAAAAGAUAUAGAUCGAAAUAAAGAUAAGAAAGAGGUCAUUAUUACUGUCAUAGCUAAUAAAACUAAAGAAGUAGAGAACAAUGGAUUUGAAUCUACUAUAAGUAAGGCAACUGCUUGGUGUAAUCGAGAGAAAUUGAGGCAUUUUACUGUGAGUGCAUUUGAAAGAAAGUCUCUCUAUGAACCCUUCGUUUAUAUAACCAAUAAAUUAAACCCAUCUCCAAAUAAAAGUACUUUUACUCCAUUGUCAAUGACAAGAAAAGUCUUGAAGGAUUCUGUAGGGUAAAUUUUGAACUCUGUUAUUAUAUUAUAUUAUAUUUAUUCACCGUUAAUGAAUUUUUGAAUAUUUAUUAUUUAUUUCGGCCUUAUACAAUUAUGAUCUGAUUUCCUAAAAUUGGCAGUGCUUAUCAACUUUUUUUAUAAUCUAUUUGAUAGGAAUGUCAUAUUCUUUCCUAUUUAUCUAUUAAUAUUAUUUUUGUCUCAUAUCUCGCAAAUUGUGGUAUUUUCCUACUUUCGAAUUAGUACCCAAACUAUAUGAUUUUGAAUCGGUUCAGUAUUGUAUUUAACUAGUAAGUCGAUUGAUGGAUUCACUUUUUUUUUUAGUUAAGUGUAAUUCAUUAAUUGUGCCAAAUUACUUGAUCUCUUGAAUAAAUCUUAUCAUUUAUAGUUGAUUCCUGAUAAAACUUGAAUCAUAUUAAUUGAUUUGAUAUUAGAAUAUUGUUAUUAUCCAAAUGUAGUCUCAAUAAAAUGCAGUUUUUGCAA